AUGGCUCAGUUGGUGGACUAUAAGUUCUGGCCAUCGACAUUCCAGAGUAAAGCCAUAGAGCUAUUUGAUAACAAGAGCCAAAUGUUCGAUUUGGUUGAGAUGCAGCUCUCCUUGAUGCAUGAUUUCUUAUAUACCAAGGCAUCGGUGGUCUUCACAUGGUAUGGAUGCUUCAUCCGUGCCAUUUCAUCAGUUGCCACCAUCACUGCUUUCUUCCUAUUUCAGUCAAGCAUUGGCAAGAAUGACUUCAACAGAGUUGAUGCCAUUGUCACAUACAUGUUAAUAGCUGGGGCUGUCCUCCUAGAGAUGACAGCGGCGUUGAAGGCAAUGGGAUCAACAUGGACAUGCGCAUUGUUGCAUGCUAGAAGAUGGCAUCGGCUUCACAACAUAGUCGUAUCUGUCCGGCGAUGUGUCAAGGCUGCAGAAAGAAAUAGAAGAUGGUCAGGUUCCAUUGGACAGCCCGAGUUGUUGAACUCAUCCCAUGGCAGUGGAGACUGCGUGUCUGCGCAGGGCCUGGCAAUGGGAUGCAAAGAUUUGUGGAAGAAGUUGCGCCACUCCUUACCUGUCAUUUCAGAUGAUACUAAGAAGUCGGUGUUGGAAGAGGUAUGCAGAAUGGUGGGGGCAUGGAAUGGCAAUGAGGAUAUUAUGAGGAGUUACAGUGGUCAGUCCGCACUGAAUCCAUGGCACGGUUUCUUCGAGGAUCCUACCUCGCGCGCUGGCAUUGAUUUUGAUGAAAAAAUCCUUUGCUGGCACUUUGCCACCAAAAUAUUCUUGUCAAGGCCAUCUUGUGUGGAAGAGCAAGAUUAUGUUUUGGAGGCAAUCAGGGAAGUGUCUAACUAUAUGAUAUUCCUCCUUGUUCAAUGCCCCUACAUGCUGCCUAGCCCUGUUCGCCCCGGAUUGUAUGCCAAUAAUGAAGCAACAUAUGUGAGUCUUGAUUUUUCUAAGGUGGACCGCAUUAGCAGAAGGGGGAAGCUGGACAACAGAAGAAGAAUGUGGGAUGUGGACACAAGAAGGGACGUGGACGAGCUGGACAGAGUAAGGGGGAAGUUGGACAUAAUAAGGGAGGAGCUGGACAUACUAAUGGAGGAGGGGCGCAGAAGAUGGGAGUUGCACGAAAUAGGGGAGGAGCUGAAAAAAAUAAGGUUGGAGGUUGACGGUUCAAGGGAGAACCUGGAGAAGCUGAACAUAAUAAAUAAAAAGCUGGAGGAGCUGGACAGAAGCAGCGUGAAGCUGCGUUUGAGACCUUCACCUCCACCUGCCUUAGCCCGUGUAGCGGAGCUUGCUGUUGGGCUGCUAGAUACGGUGGAGGCACGGGGCGAACAGGAGGUGCGGCGGGUGGUACUUGGGGUGUGGGUGGAGAUGUUGUGCUAUGCAGCCCACCACUGCAGCAGGGAUUCCCACGCCAGGCAGCUCAACAGUGGCGCCUAUUGUGACAAGGAUUGGUUUAAGAAGGGUGUGGAGGAGUUCUUCAAGCCAUCAUUCCAUUUCCGGGACAGCCGUGGAUGGUUUCGAGACAACUGCGAAUGGUUAUGCAGAUGUUUCUGCGAAUGUUUCUGCAGAUGCUGCGGAUGCUCCUGGGACAGCUGCGGAUGGUUGUGCGGAUGGUUGUGCGGAUUGUGCGGAUUCCGGGACAGCUGCGGAUGGUUUUUGGAUUGUGCGUAUGGUACAGCUGCGGAUGGAGAGGAGCAUGAUGAGGGCACUGGCUGA